AUGGUAAACACGGUUGCGGCAUCACAUAUUCUUCACAAGCUAUUGCUUCAAUUUCACAUCCAUUGUACUUUGUUUCUUGCUGGAAAUUCUACAAUGAGUUUUGAUGCUAAUCAAGUACUAUAUGUAUGCUUUCAGUUUAUAAUAGCCUGGAUAGCUUGCUGGUAUGCAAUAUACUUGGUCACUGGAUUUCAUCUUCGAAGUAUAGGAAUUAACAAUGGAGUACUUUUCAAUAGAGUAUCUUUCACUUCCAAGUCCAUUCGAAUAUCAAUUGGGUCCGUGAGAUUCCGAUUAUGGGGCAACUCCCGAAUGCUCAUUCUUGAUGAGGUCGAUAUUCAAUUGCGAGAAUCAAGAAAGAAAAGAAAACCAAAGGGUAGAAAACAUGACACAGACACUCCAGAAGAUAACGAUAUUCUGGGUCACCCAUGCAUUUUUCCCAAAAAUGUCCUUUUAAGAAACCUACUUAAAUUGUUGAUCAAACUAAUACCGAACAUUGACCUUGAAAUACGACAUGCUACUAUUCAUGAUAAAAAGGAGCUGGUAUCCAAAGCCGAGUACAUCAGAGCGACCAUAAAGUCUCAAAAGGCUGCCCAUAACAGAAUAUUUUCAUCAGUCAUUAACACCAAUAAUAUAGACUGGCGUCCUAAUAAUUCAGACGAUACCAACGAAGAGGCACUUUUAUCGCUAGCAACAUUGAAAUUACAGUCAGGAUUGCUGGUCAAUCUAAGAACUGGUGAACUAUUUGACGUUCAGUCAAAACUAUUCACUGACGAGUUCAAAGUACGUGCUUUUUCUUUAGCCCGUUGGGUUGCUCAAAAUCGUUCGUCUAAGAACGAAUCAGACGAAGACACAGCUCCAGCUACAAACAGUGAAGGUCAACCAAAAUCAAUCAUCCGCCUCGUGAAGUGGCAUAGCUACAUCUACCGCUGCAUGCAUGAAAUUUCAUUAAUAGCAGAAAACACUAUGAUCCUGGAAUUCCCUUUCUUGUCGGCAGAUGACGACUACGAUAUGUCCAAGUUUUGGGAUCAACCUGACCACAACCACUACUUCAACUUUCAAAUAAAGUCUUUGUCUCACACAAUUCGCAAGUUCGACAAAGAUUCAGCUGGAUUUCAUGUGUUGUUUGACCCAAAAGUCGACUCUCCUGUUCAGGCAGUCACUGCUCUCCAAAUCCUUAGAGUUGAGUUCUGCCGCAAAGUUAAGAAUACCCACAACCAGUUUCAUGUCUCAGAGAUCAUUUCAAUUCCAAACUGCAGUGUUACACACAAAGGUAAUAUGUCGGAUCACUUUGUCAAAGGAGAUGGCUUCAAGAAUUGCGCCAUUGAGUUGUUUGCCUCGUUAAGUAACCCAACACUUGACCUUGAUGCCGACCAACUUUCAAUUAUCACCUACAACUUCAUAGCAUUCAAAAAAUUUAUGAAAGCUAAAAAGUUGAUGAGAAAGGACGAUAUCGACGCUGACCAGCAGUCCGAUGAUACGAACGAUCCAGAUGAUACAAAGGUAGAAGCUCUAGAAGAGGAGUUGAAUACAUUACAAGAUGAACAUUUGCAUGAAGAGCAUUUACUGAAUGACCAGAACAACAAGGCUAACCACAAAGCUAACGACGUACGUUACCGUGCAAACAUCAUUGGGCUCCUCAACGAAUACUACCCCCGAUUGAACAUGACUUUGAUCAUGGAACAGCCGCGUAUUGUGAUAAGACAGACUGACAAAAACCACAAUUGCCUAAAGCUUGUGAACUUCUCAUAUUCGCUUUUAAACAUUCAUGUUCUAACAACGGAUCAAAGAGAUUACGAUGCAAGAUGCCAUAUUCUCCACCCUGCAAUUACCUACCAAUCGCAAACUAAUGACUUCAAUUCCUCCACGACCAAACAUGAAAUAUUUUUGUCUGAAGCUUUGACUUGUCGUCUUCAGGUACUCAAGAGUUUUGAAGUAAAAGCAGACUUUGAAGUGGCCCAAACUUGCGUUGAAAUGGGCAAAUUAUCGUUACUUGCGGGGAUCAGUUCAUUAAUGGAUGACUUGAGAAAAUCAAUCACUCAAUGCCUACAAUCCAGUAAAAUUUUGGAACAGAUUGAGAAGAUUGGAAACGACAGAGCAAGAAAUCAACAAAAAUCACUGACUGCUCAACCUUCGGUUCUAUUCCAUCCUUUACCUCAUUGGCUCCUUGAGCUCAACUUUGAACUUUCAAACAUCAAGUUAAAUUUGGGAUCUCGCUCACUUCUUAUUCCCGAGAAUAGAAUGACAAGUAUAAGCAAUGACAUUGUUAAUGAGGACAUAUUUGGCGACUACAAUCAUUUACAAUCUACCUCAUUUAGUGUUGGCAAAGUUCGUUUCCAGUACUUGAAUGGUACAGAUAUCGAAACAACAACCGCAAUGACACUGCCAGCUUCCUCACUGGAAACCUUGGCCGAAAAGAGAGUCGAGUUGUGGUCUUUGAACUCCAGAGUUUCAGACAUUUCUAUGUCUAUGGACUUAGAUGUCAGAAACCCAAAGCUGCAUGUUUUAUCGGUACCUGAUAUUGAUCUGAAAGUCUCUGCUUUGCAAAAAUCUUCGAAUCUUACUUUGCAAGUUGAGAUAACGGUCGAGAAGGUAAGUUUGAGCUAUGACAAGUUUAAGUUGUUCACUUUGCUCGGAACAGUAGGCUUGUUCAAACUGCUUUUGUUACCAUUCAGAGCAAUGAAAGAACGAAUUUCUGACAAGUCAAGGGAUAAAUUUGAUGAUAGCACGCCAGAAACGACUCCACCAGCCGUUGAAUUCGAUUGCUUGGUCAAGUCAUUGGACUUGGUACUUGAAUUGAGCGAAGAAUGUACCGUGAAGACCCAGCUCUUUGACGCACAGUUAUCAAGCAGAGCAGAAAAGCACCAUGUUUUUCUCAAGUUACUACGGGUUAUGAUCAACUCGCCAACCGUACCGAAUGCUUGGAGUCGUGUCUUAUGUGUGGAUUCGUUAAACGUCGACAUUGAUCCAAAAUUGCAAGACCCCAUCACUGUCGACACUGACUUCAUCAAGUUGAUCCAGCCACAUGGACUAGUUGUGUAUCACCUUUUCGACAGUAUGUCCAUUACGAUUAAAGUUCUCAAGCAUCUCGUUGCUUGUUUGAAAUCGAAUGCGGACAAAUCUCGGUUCGUAGCGCCAAGUGAAUCAAAGGCUAAGAAAAUCCCCAAAGUCAGACUUAAGUCUUUCAAGGUUCACUAUCAAAUGGAAGACGACCCAUUCGAGUCUGAACUCAACAUGUCUUACCAAUUGGGUAUGGUUGAGCAACGGAAGCGACUCGAAGAAUUAUCGCUUUUUGAUGUGAGUUGGAAGAGGAAACACGGCAAUGAAGAAGGGGAAGAAAGUGGGUCAAAUGAAGAGUACGAACAAUUACUAAACAAAUUACGUUCUCAAAUGGCACGCUCAUGGGUUAGAAAGGUCAAAGUUUACCGGGCAAAACUCAAAGAAGAGAUUGCUGCUAACAAGCGUUUUAUUUUCGGCAGCGAAUGUAAGUUGGAUACGCAUUGGAAUGAGGGAAUUGUUCCAUAUCUGUACCACGCUCCAUUGUUGAACAUGAUGUUGCUGGAAAUGGAUUUGGACCUUUCUUCCGUUGAAGACUUGGAAAAGGUUCCUGAAAUGAUCCAUUCGCUCGGUCAAGGUGUUCCUGUUGACACUAGGUAUUCGCUUUUGCUUCCUCUAUUUGUCAAACUUCAAGUUCUGGAAGUCCGCAUGCACCUUCGUGACUAUCCUCUUCCAAUGCUCCACAUUCCUAGAAGUGACGAUAGAAAGGUGUUAGGCAUGCAAGGAAACUUUAUCAUCUCGGAAGCUUUCAUCACGAACAAGGAAAACCUUCGGCGAAUGCAGGUGCCUUUAAGUAAGGUGCUCAAGGACACAAAAAGCGAAGACUUCUAUUCUCUUUGUAUCGACAAAUCUCUUUCCACUGUGAAAUUGUAUUCAGAUAUGAAGUUCAAGAUCCUGCCUUCUGACCCUGCACGUUUUGUUUGGGGUCAAUCAUAUCAGUUUGGUAUUCAGCAAAUUAUGCUCAAUAUGGACCAGUUCUCUAAACCGCCAGUUGAUCCUUCACCAAAACUCGGAUUCUGGGACAAACUAAGAUUGAUUUUCCAUGGCAAAUUUGAGGUCACUUCUGAUACUGGUUCAGGGCUAGAAAUUGCCUUUAAAGGAUCUCGCGAUCCUUAUAAUUUAUUCGGAGACGGAUGUGGUUUUGUGUUGGCAUUUAACGAUGAACUUCACUGGAAAAUCAACAAGGACGACGACCCAAGACACUUCUUUGAAGUACAUGCGAAAAAAGUGUCAUGGUACAUUCCUAACUACAUGAAAGCUCCGCUUGUUGCCUGGUCAAGAGACAUCUCAAAGUCAAAUUACCUUCCAGACUCAACGUCUGUAAUCACAUCUUGCUUUGCUUACUAUCUUCAAGAAAGUAAGCCCAAAUCUGCGAGCCAUAAGGCGAAUAUUAUAGAAAAGCAUGUCGUGCGUUUGAGUGGUGGCAUAGAUUUUAAGGUUGGAUUCAUGCUAGAACGCAAAGACGAAAAAGGUGAAAGGACUUUCGAUUGCAAGCCUCAUUAUGACGUUAACCUUUUCAACCCAAUCUACACCAAAGAGGGCCACGAUUCUUACGCUGGUUUCAGAAGCGAUUACAUUCACAUGUCCAUCGGCUUGGAAGCAAACUCCAAGAAGUCAACAAAUGCAAUCUACCUAUCCCCCAACACAUUUCAACAGUUUUUCCGUUGGUGGAAGUUAUUUCAAAGUAACAUGAUCCUUCCUGUUAGAAGGGGGCCUAUGUUUGGAGAAUUAAAGCAAUCUGUCAAGUUCUCACAGCAUUUGAUGACGAACAAGUUUCAGUUUCAUGUCAAGUCGUUGUUCAUCACCCAUGUUUAUCGGGAUAGCUCUGAUAUUGACAACGAUAAGAUGCUGUGUGUGGGUCUUAAAGCCAAAGUUGAAGAAUUUGUUGUUGAUUUACACCUGCGUAAAGAGCAGAGAACUAUAGUUCAUGAGGCGCUUUCAAGAGACCAAAAAACUAUGAAGAUGAAUUUCAAUAUUGGAGAAGUUCAUCUCAACGGCAUUGAUUUAAGGCUUCUCAAGGGAGAGUUUGACUACGAUGUUUAUAAUCCAGAAAUUCGAGGGGACCGUGAAAUGAACUUUGCAUCCUACGAUAAAGAUAAAUCUUGGCUCGACGCUCGAGAUUUUGUGGAGGUACAUUCUCCUUCCGUGAAAAGUGGUGGAGAUGUCAAGAUCUUUCCAUUAAUGCACUCAAAGCGGUUCACGUAUUUGCGAGAUACAAUGGACGAAAAUGACGACAACGAAUUUGGCAAUGAAGAUAUACACGAAUGCUAUCUAGAUACCUCCGACCAAUUAUCGCCAGCGGAGGAGCUUCUUCAUGAGAGAAUAACAGAUUUGAAGAAGCAGGUGACGAAAUGUGAUUCAAAGCAUCUAGAAGAGAGAAUUGAUUUCAUUGAAAAAGAAUUUGGGAAGAAGAGAUCCAAUUCUGUCGUUUCACAAACAUCUAUCGGUAAAAAGAAUUCAGAUGAAAAGUUUCACAAUAAGUUUGCCCUAGUGGGUAUGUUCUUGAAAUGGAAUGUUGACAGCAGAAAUAACCUCAUGAAGUAUAUUCAUUAUUCUCAGCUCAAGAGUAUGAUGGCAAAGUAUCUCUCUUAUGAAUCAAUAAGUACUCUUGAGGAGCUACAAGAAGAAGCAGAGAAGAUGAUAAAUGAUGACAAGUCUUCUGGGUUCUCUGAUAAAGACCAUAAUAAGCUCAGUCACUUGAUGUCCCGACCUCGAAAUCUGGUUCUGAAAGAGGAACAAACUGCAGAAGCUCGCUUGGAUUCAUUUUCCAAAAUAUUGAAAUCAUGCAGUGAUGGAGAGAACAUUACCGAAGACUUCAAAAUCGAGAUAAUAUCCCCUCAAAUUCAAAUGCUGACUGAAACCAAUCCGGACGCUGUUGUGCUAGUAACAGCACCCAAAAUUGAUAUCCAAAUUGUGUCAGUUGUUGAAGAGAAUUCAGACAAGCUUAUUAUCAACCCGAAGGAGUACGUUUAUCGAUACGGAGUUGUUCUUCAUGAGGCUAAUUUUUUCGUUAUCAGGAAAGAAGAUGCAGAGAAGCCAAACGAGUUGGCUCUUAGCAGUAAAGCAUACGGAUCCAAAACGAACUGGCCGCCUUGGCUCGGCAUUGAAAUCAGUCAACAAGGACGAUUGGCAGGAACCAAAAAACUACUCAUUGAAAAGAUGUCACUUAUGUUGAUGUAUGAUCAAAUUCGGCCCCUGGGCAAGAAGCUCUACCAAACCGAAGACUCGUCAAAUCAACUUGAGGCGCUCAAAGAUGGGGAGCAGGAGCACAGUUUUACAGUUGACAAACUUUGCGUCGAUAUUCCCCAAGUGGUCAUCACGUCUACCUCACAGCAGUACUUUACGUUGUAUGUGAUUGUUCUUGGAUUGUUCUUCUAUUCUGAGCCUAUGAGUAAGUCUUUGUCGGAGCGGUUAGAAAAGUUGAAAUUCAGUAUUGAUUUUCAAGACUUGGGUGCACUUCAUUCCAAGUUGACCCAACUCCACAAUUACUAUCAACUUAUGGGAUACUUGCUACGCAAUUACGAGUUUCGACAGGAUAAUUUGGACAAUGAUACGCUAAAUGAUGGGUUAACUCUUCGGUCAACGCAAGAUGAAGUCGCCAAAGAAGUUUAUUCUUUGAUGCUGAUACUAUUAUCUGGAGACUUCAAUAGCUCCAGUCUGAGUUCGAAAGCUAAUGCAGAGUGGUUCAUUCGUACUGACCAGAUUAUCUUGCACAUGCUAGAAGAUGAUGGAGCGUCCAUUCUCGACUUGGCAAUGGCCAAGAGUAACUACCGAAGAUUGGUUUUUGAAGAUGGUUCCAACAUCAACAAUAUUGACAUUGAGAUGAUGCAAGGCUUCAACUUGAUAAAAAAUGCGCACUAUCCAGCGUUCAUUGAGCCGUUAGAAGAGAUUACUGACGGUAAACAAUCGCUCGUGAAUGUACGGUGGAAGAUGAACCGACCUAUAGGAGGUAUCCGAAUCAUGGAAGAAUUCGAAAUAAAUUCACAGCCGUUGAAUGUCAAAUUAGACGAAGUAACUGGCGACAAACUUAUGAAAUAUAUCUUCCAAUCGGACCUUAGCGACUUGAAAGAGAGUCCUAUACUUCAGAAACAGAAAGAGGGCAAAGAAGAUGGCGAUGAAGAUUCCAAUGACUCCCCUGGUAAUGCGGAUUCUGACUCAGGUGAGCUGGACUCAGCUGGUAAGAAGCAGUCGGAUUCGUCUGAUCAUAGCAGCAGCAGUGAAUCCAAGAACAAAAAGAUACAACUGUUGACUUCAAGUCACUCGGAGUAUGAGUUCCAUGAUCAAGUGGACGACAUGGUAUCUCGUUCUAAACAAUACUUGAGUAUUAUAGACUUCAAGCUCAACAGUUUCAAAGCCCUGAUCUCGUUCAAGUAUAAAACAGGAAUUAAGAGGUUGCUCAAUGUGCAAAACUUCAUCAUAAGCUUCCCCGAGCUUGUCAUCCAUAGGAAAGUGAUGUCACUUCUUGAUAUUGCUAUGAUGGUGAAGAAAAUUGUAUUGAAAUCGGUGAUAAUGCACAGUGGCAGUUUGAUCAAGAAUAAGCUUACAGUUCAGCACCAACCUAAAAGAGUGAUUAAGGCGCCAUUGAAGCCCAUCAAGAGGUAUGUUCGCUUCACUAAGAUAUCCGAGUUACAUCUGGAAAGCCAUGAGUCAUUAGAAACUUGA